UCCCAUCAUAACUGGCCGAUAAACCGAAAAGGUUAGGUGUGUUUGUGAUUUUAAAAAAUCACUAUUAAGAAUUGUAGCGUUUAAAAUGUUACAAAUGUGUCUUGACAUUUGUCCAAAAUAACUUUAAUGAGGAACAAGAGCAGAAGUCAGCCUGACACCGCGUUUUUGUUGCUUUUUUUUUCUUUUUGGUUUCGUCGGUGGUUACUCAGCAGUUUUUGUUGGAUGGGAGUGUCUGUAUGUCCGCUUCUGAACUCUUUUUUUCUUUUAGCUGAGGUGGACGCGGUGAGGAGGUAGUUUCUCCACGUGUGGACCUUCUGCAGCAGCAGCCAGGUGACAGGACCGACGUCAUGCUGCUAAAACCCUGCAGGACUCCUCUGCUGCUCACCGUCACCUGCAUCUGCUUCUCCGGAGGUUUGCUGUGGUCCUACAAGGAAGAGGAUGUCAGUGAUGGAGAGAAGUGCUCUGAUAAUAACAUUUCCACCACCAAGUACCCUUGCGUGAAGUCGACGGGAGAAAUUACGACUUGUUACAGAAAGAAAUGCUGCAAGGGCUUCAAGUUUGUGAUGGGCCACUGCAUUCCUGAAGAUUAUGACGUGUGUGCUAGUGCGCCCUGUGAGCAGCAGUGUACGGACCAUUUUGGUCGAGUGGUGUGCACCUGUUACCCAGGUUUCCGCUACGAUCGUGAGCGCCACAGAAGGCGAGAAAAGCCUUACUGUCUCGACGUUGAUGAAUGUGCCGAUAAAAACAUGAGUGCGUGUUCUCAGAUCUGCGUCAACACUGCGGGGAGCUAUAGGUGUGAGUGUGAGGCUGACUAUUUCCUGGAAAAAGAUGGAAAAACAUGCACCAAAGGAGAGAGAGUCCAUGCCAAUGAGAAGUGUGAUAAUUUAAUGAAUGCUGCAACUUGCUCAGCCACGUGUGAAGAUUUCCUCCAGAUCAAGGAGUCAGUCCUGCAUCUCAAACAGAAGAUGGCCUUACUGUCAAAUAGUGCUGAUGUUCCUGUACUGAUGACCAAUGAGAAAGUGACAUCACCUGUAUAUAUACCAGGACCUCCAGGUUCACCUGGACCUCCAGGAGAUACCGGGCCUUUGGGUCCUUCAGGACUGAUGGGACCUCCUGGCCCACCUGGUCCCAGGGGAAUGAUGGGACCCACUGGACCCACACCAGACCUGUACCAUGUGAAACGAGGCCCUCGAGGACCUGUGGGACCGCCAGGAGCACCAGGAAGGAAUGGCCUGAAGGGGGACCGAGGAGCUUCUGGCCCUGCUGGACCACCAGGCCCCCCAGGUUCCUUUGACUUCUUGCUUCUGCUCAUGGCAGACAUCCGCAACGACAUAGCUGACCUGCAGAGCAAGGUGUACGGUCGCUCGCUGCACUCUCCAGAGGAUGACUUUCCUGCUGCUCCCGAUAGCUGGAGGGACACACAGGACAGUGAGGACACGGGCUCGGGAGAGGAGUAUAAAGAAUCUCCACCUCAAAGGGGGAGCAGGAGGAGCAGGAAGAGAAAACCUGCACGAGACAGAACAAACUGACCAAACUGGAGUGUUUUAAAGGGUGUUUUCUAACCGUUGUCAUGCCUAAAUUUUGUUAUUUAAUGGAUGUUUUAAGAACUUAUUGUCUGCGUUUUUAUCACAGAUGCUUUAUUUUUGUAUGGUGUAAUCAUUUGUGUCUGUUUUUGAACAAAUGAGAGUCUGACGGUGCCAGUAUGUGUGAUUUACCUGUUUUCUGAAACACGUCAUUUCCCACAGAUCAGUAAAAGAGUUACUGAUUUUUUUUCACUCAUUCCUCUUAAAGCAGCAGUUAUCUCUCUUUCAGCAAUUAGACGUGUGAAUUUUUAGAAAUCUUUAAAAAGUGAUACUCUCACCUUGUUCCAUGAUGUAAUGUAGGCAAUACGUCAAUCAUUAAUUUUUUGCUUACAUACAGAGGUGCACAUUCACAAACUAGGGAUUGCCUCCAGCUCCAGCCACAUGGGAGGGGUUUAAGGUGCAAUACGUUUUUCUGCCACUAGAUGGUGACCUCUGACAAAAAAACUCCUGAUUUCUGCUGUAAACAGUAUUUAGUUAUAUAACUUUUAUAAGGAACAGAACCACCAAAGCCUUGCAUGGCUUACAUUGAGAAACAUGAUGAACUACUGCAAUGUGUUACUUGUUUAUCUGCCAAAUGUUUUGUGUUCACAGCAUCAGUCAGAUAAAAACAUAAUUUAUCGUGGAUACAUCAUGAGAAGUAGCCUGCCCUGAAGAGUCAGUCUAAUGUAAAGCACAAACAUUUGUUUCUUUUCUGUUUUAUAAAAUGUUCUCUGGUCUUCUUGAGUGUGUUCUCCACCAAAGGGAGAACUUCUCCCUCUGGUGGAGAACACACUCCCGGAAAAGUCACAUAAAUUCACCAAAAGCGGUGUGGGGUGCAUUUUACAAGCUGCAGAGAAACAAGCAGAUGUUUUAUUUUAUCAUUGCUUUAUCGGCCAAUAAGAUAAAAUCGGUUUAAAUGUUAAGUUUUAACAUUAAUCUUUUUCGCAGCAUUGAUUUGUGUCGUAUUAAAAUGUAGUUAUUUAAAUUAAGUAAGAGUCUUCUUAUCUGGUCAGUGUCUGUCUGUGGUUGUGCAUACAUAGUUAAUGAGGUCAUUGCUGGAACUGAAUGGACUUUCUUGGCUUGCUUGAAGAGAGAAUUAUUAUUCUGGCACCGAGCUCCAUGCCGGAUUUUGGAUGUUGAGAUUUUUUCUGAGCUCAUAAACUUUGUUGUUUCAGGCUUAGUUUUGCUGGUGUUGUUUUUUUUUUUUUAAUAGUCAUAAUUUAUGUGUUCUUCUGUUUUU